AUGUCAAAGGUUAAUGAAAGUAUGUUGUUAAAAAAAAAUUCAAGAACUAAAAACUUUGAUGUAAGAAAAAAAAUGCUCAUUGAACUUAUUAAUCCCUACAAACAUAUCAUUGAAAACAUAAAGACCGAUGCUUUUAGCAUUAAACAUAAAAGCAAAAUAUGGGGAGAUAUUGUUAUCGAAUACAAUGAUCAGCAAACAAUUGUUAUUAGAAUUGCUAAACAGCUAAAAACCUUAUAUGACAUGGUCAAAAGGCAAGCAAAAAAAUCAAUUAGUGAUGAUAAAGUGUUAAUAUAUAAAAUCAUUAAACUAUUUACGGAUGAGGAACAAUCCAUGGUUCUGGACUUGGUCUAAUUUCAACGUUCAUCUAUUUUUAGUGGUCAUCUAUUUGAAAAGCAUGAAGCAUGGUCAAAUGUUCUUGAACCAUUUAAUUUGCACCAAACAUCAGGUGUAAGAACAGUGGAAGAAAUCAAAUAUUUAUUAGAAUAUUUAAGUAAAACCGCUAAAAGUGAAAAUAAAAAUGAUAAAGUUAAAAAAUUUAAAAUUGGCGGAGGAUAAUACAAACAAAGUAUGAAUCAAUUAAGCGAGCAAGUAAUUGCAGUAAUUGAAGACCAAAUUACUCAGUUAGUAAAUUAAUUUGAUGAUGAUUAUGGCUAUGCUGGUAUGUCCUAG